UCCGGGAGCAUAGGAGACUCCCCAUAGGCCAUAUAUAAACUAGUCUGGGAAAAAAAAGCGCAUCUACACUAGAAGGAUCCAGAGGCAGCAGCUGUAGCGGUGUGACAGCAGGAUCGGACGAAGACGAGCAAGCCUUCCUCCUCCUCCUCAUCCUCUGUGUCCCUGGAAGUGAUCAGAGCCUGGAAGAAGGCUCCAUAUGACCAUGGCAGACGAGGAGAAUGCCAGCACCGUCCAAGCGAUGUGCUCAGCCUGCUGCGACAGCACUAACUGCAAUGUACUAAGUUGGGAACAAGUCCAGAGGCUGGACACCAUCCUCACCGAGACCAUCCCCAUCCAUGGCAGGGGCAACUUCCCCACCCUGGAGAUGAAGCCCAGGCAGAUCGUCAAGGUGGUACGAUCCAGGCUGGAGGAGAAGAACAUCAAGGUGAGGGAUGUCAGGCUCAAUGGAUCGGCUGCCAGUCAUAUCCUACAUGAGGACAGUGGAUUGGGCUACAAGGACUUGGACCUCAUCUUCUGUGCAGACCUCAAAGGAGAGGCCGAGUUCCAGACCGUCAAGGAUGUGGUCUUGGAUUGCCUGCUGGAUUUCUUACCAGAAGGAGUUAACAAGGAAAGGAUAAGCCCGCUCACCCUAAAGGAAGCCUACGUUCAGAAAAUGGUAAAAGUCUGCAACGACUCCGAUCGAUGGAGCCUGAUCUCCCUAUCCAAUAACCAUGGCAAAAACGUGGAACUCAAAUUUGUGGAUUCUUUGAGAAGGCAGUUUGAAUUCAGCGUCGAUUCGUUUCAGAUCAAGCUGGAUUCCCUUUUGCUUUUUUACGAGUGCUCUGAGAACCCGAUGACCGAAACGUUCCACCCUACCAUUAUUGGGGAGAGCGUGUAUGGAGAUUUCCAGGAAGCCUUUGAUCACCUUUGUCACAAGAUCAUUGCCACCAGGAACCCUGAGGAGAUCCGCGGAGGUGGCCUUCUCAAGUACUGCAACCUUUUGGUAAGAGGCUUCAGGGCAGCCUCCGAAACCGAAAUGAAGUCUCUACAGAGGUACAUGUGUUCUAGGUUUUUCAUUGACUUCUCAGAUAUUGGAGAACAGCAAAGGAAGCUGGAGUGCUACUUGCAGAACCACUUUGUUGGCUUAGAAGACCGCAAAUACGAUUAUCUUAUGACUCUGCACAGUGUGGUCAAUGAAAGCACAGUAUGUCUCAUGGGACAUGAAAGAAGGCAGACUCUCAGCCUUAUCACCAUGCUAGCCAUCCAAGUCUUGGCUGAACAAAACAUUAUUCCCAACGUGGCUAACGUAACAUGCUACUAUCAGCCAGCCCCCUAUGUAGCAGAUGCCAACUUUAGCAAUUAUUACAUUGCCCAAGUACAACCUGUCUUUACAUGCCAGCAACAUACAUACUCCACUUGGCUACCCUGUAAUUAAGACUGAACGAUUCCUUAGAGGAAAACGUUCCCCAAGCAUAUAAAACAGGGGUUUGCCCAAUAAUUAAACGGGGUGCGAGUUUGAGAAAUGACGAUCUGCUCUAGGUUUCAGUCUUUGUGAAGCUUGUGGUUCAUAUAGAGAAUUCAUGAGAGCACGAUCAAAAUGAUAAGCACCUAAUUCAUUGGGUUUCAACCCCAGAGCACAAAGCAGCCUGUCAAUUAAAGUUAAGAGAGCCUUCUGCUGUAUGCAGUAAAGGAAUGCUUAAUGUAAGGACAGGUCGGCAGUUCCUGCUCACGUAACAUUUGAAUAGGAAGAGGUUGGCUAGUAAAAAUGGAUUUUGCAAAAGGGCGUAUAGACUGAACUUUUCCUUCAGAAUUUCAAUUAUCUGUAGCAAAGCGCGAAGGGAAAAAAAAAAACGCAUUGGAUAUAUUAGAAUGACCAUUUUUUUGGUUUUACAGCGUUUGAUCUUGAGUCGUUUAGAAUGUAUAACCUGGCUGCUUGCAUAGAAUGCUUUUUACCAGACAUAACUUCCUUCUAGUGAACUGCGGUAGGGUGGUACAGUUCCGAAGAUUGCCAUUCAGCGAAAGAUGCUAGAUUAUCUUUCCAACAUGUUUUGCAUCAAUCACGUUUUUACAAAAUGUGACAAUGCAUAGGAGAGUUAGUAGCAAAUCUAAUGCUUAAGGACCAAAGAUUUCUUAAACAGACCCAAAACGAAAGAGUUGGAGAAGAGAUCCUAUUUGUGUACCUGUUUAUUUACUGUAUCAAAGUGCCUGUUGCCUUCAGAAAAUUAAGAGAACAUAUCUUUUUGUGAUUGAACCGCACAUUUUUUUUUUCUUUUUUCAGGGAUUCUAGUAGAAAAGGAAAAAAAAAAAA